AUUUGAUGUGGGGUUCCCCUUUGUAUGCUGUGAAUACCAUUGGUUAAUAGAGAAACUGUCUUGGGCCUGAGAAUGGAAUAGAGUUGCCUGGUGUUCAGUAUCACCGUUGUGAUGGUCAGCAGGCGUGCCAGCCGGCAGCUAGGAGGCUUUACUUUGGCUACACUAGCGUGGGUCCUGUGCACUGUCUCUAUGUGCCUCCCGCAGUGGCGAGUGUGGUGGUUUCAGGAGCCCGUGGAUUCCAAGCCCAGAAUGACUUUAGUGGGGAUGUGGAAAGUCUGUGUUUACCACCAGGAAGGCAAUUCCAACAUUUCCAAAGUGUGUUACAAAUAUAACUACCAGGACAGCUUCAUCCCUUUGGAUCUUCGAGUGGCUCAACACCUGCUACUGAUCUCCAGCUUUCUCGGCAUGAUUGCCGCAGUCAUUGUCAUCGUGGCUCCUCGGAAAAUUUACUCAGGGAGACUCCAGAAGAAAACUACCUUCAAUCUAUUCAUCAUUCCAGGGAUUCUGAACAUCACUGCUGGCGUCUUUGUCUUCUUUACUGUCUUGUAUAAUUAUUUAUCCAUCAUUCACAUGGAUGGAAUUGCCUUCCCCCCAUCUUUCCGCACACCCUCCAUCCCAGAUACCCAGAAAGUGGGCACUGCUUUGGCAAUGGCAACCCUUUCUUCCUUCUUAUAUCUAGUGGGUGGCACAAUUUUCCUUUCUUUCACUCUUCCCCGGCACCCCCAAAUGUGUUCUAACAUUAGAAUAUAACUUUCGAACUUGCAUAGACUUUAAAAUCCAAAAUCGCAGGGAGUAAUCACAAGUAUUCUUCAGAUACCUCCCUAAAAUAU